AGAAUGGCAAAAUGGAAUGUGAUAAUGGUGAUAAUGUUGGUUGUAAUUGCUGCAAUAGGAGGAGGAGAAGCUAGACAUAUUCAUGGUCAUGGACAUAGAAGGACUUGGAUAGCUUGCUUUCGGUAUUGUUCUCGUGAUUGCAACGAUUUUGAUGGAAAUUGCUUUGAACGUUGUAAGAUCAAAUGUGGUGGUCCUACCCCUCCAAAUACCAAUUCAAGGGAUUCACAUGGGAAGAAUUAUACGUACAAUGAGGAAACUGAGGUUCGAGGAAAGAAAGAUUGAUCAAAAGGGGACUCAUGUAGAGACAAUGACCAUAUCAUAUUUACUAAAUCCCUAGUGUUCCUUUACUAAGUGUUAUUUCGUGGAAGUUCAAUAAAGAGACCAUUCAAACA